AUGGACCUGAAAAAUUAUUCCUCGGUGUCAGAAUUUGUAUUACAAGGACUAUGUACUUCACGGCCACUCCAAAAUUUUCUCUUUAUAUUCUUCUCUGGAAUUUAUGUGACUAUUGUGCUAGGUAACCUCAUCAUUGUAGUCACUGUAAUUUCUGAGCCCUGCUUGCAUUCCUCCCCUAUGUACUUCCUUCUGGGAAAUCUAUCUUUCCUAGACAUCUGGUUGGCCUCAUUUGCCACCCCCAAAAUGAUCAGAGAUUUCCUAAGUGAUAGAAAGCUCAUCUCUUUUGGAGGAUGCAUGGCUCAGAUCUUCUUUUUGCACUUUGUUGGUGGGGCAGAAAUGGUACUUCUAGUGUCAAUGGCCUAUGACAGAUAUGUGGCCAUAUGCAAACCCUUGCAUUAUAUGACCAUGAUGAGCCGGAAGACUUGCAUUGGGUUAGUGUUGGUAUCCUGGUUGAUCGGAUUUCUUCACUCCAUCAGUCAAAUUGCAUUUACUGUAAAUUUACCUUACUGUGGCCCCAAUGAAGUGAAUAGUUUCUUCUGUGAUCUUCCUCUUGUGAUUAAGCUUGCCUGCAUGGACACCUAUGUGUUGGGCAUACUUAUGAUUUCAGACAGUGGGUUGCUUUCAAUGAGUUGUUUUGUAUUUCUCAUGGUCUCCUAUACUGUUAUUCUCACCACCGUCCGACGGAAUGCUUCUGGUGGGGUGUCCAAAGCACUCUCUACUUGCUCUGCACAUAUCAUGGUAGUCACACUCUUCUUUGGACCCUGCAUUUUCAUUUACGUGUGGCCUUUUAGUCGUUUCUCUGUAGAUAAGCUCCUUUCAGUGUUUUACACCAUUUUUACUCCACUCUUGAACCCCCUUAUCUACACAUUGAGAAAUAAGGAGAUGAAAACAGCUAUGAGGAAACUGAGAAACCGAUGUAUGACUUUUUGA